AUGGACAGUGUAAGCGGGGCAGGGAGGGGAGGGGCAGAAAGAGGAGGAAAUGGAGGAGGGAAGAGCCUAAGUGACGGGCAGGGAACGUGCGAGAGAAGGGAGGAGAGGAGGGUGGUUCAGAGAAAAACGGAGGAGGGUUUUGGAUUUACGAGAGGAGCGAGUGAGGGAGGUAAUGUGAAGCGAGAGAAUGAGGAGGAGGAGGUUGAGAUGGGAGUGAGUGAGGGAGGUGUGUUGGGGAGGGAGAGUGCGGAAGUGGAAGCAGCUUUGCAGAGGGAGGAGUCUAGAGGGAGAGAGGAGCGGGAGGAGUCUAGAGGGAGAGAGGAGCGGGAGGAGUCUAGAGGGAGAGAGGAGCGGGAGGAGUCUAGAGGGAGAGAGGAGCGGGAGGAGUCUAGAGGGAGAGAGGAGCGGGAGGAGUCUAGAGGGAGAGAGGAGCGGGAGGAGUCUAGAGGGAGAGAGGAGCGGGAGGAGUCUAGAGGGAGAGAGGAGCGGGCGGAGUCUAGAGGGAGAGAGGAGCGGGAGGAGUCUAGAGGGAGAGAGGAGCGGGAGGAGUCUAGAGGGAGAGAGGAGCGGGAGGAGUCUAGAGGGAGAGAGGAGCGGGAGGAGUCUAGAGGGAGAGAGGAGCGGGAGGAGUCUAGAGGGAGAGAGGAGCGAGAGGAGUCUAGAGGGAGAGAGGAGCGGGAGGAGUCUAGAGGGAGAGAGGAGCGGGAGGAGUCUAGAGGGAGAGAGGAGCGGGAGGAGUCUAGAGGGAGAGAGGAGCGGGAGGAGUCUAGAGGGAGAGAGGAGCGGGAGGAGUCUAGAGGGAGAGAGGAGCGGGAGGAGUCUAGAGGGAGAGAGGAGCGGGAGGAGUCUAGAGGGAGAGAGGAGCGGGAGGAUGUCACUGCUGCUGCUGCUGCUGCUGCUGCUGCUGCUGCGGCGGCGGCGGCGGCGGCGGCAGCAGGAGGGGCGGCAGCGGCAGGGGCGGCAGCAGGUAGUGCUGGAAGCUUCCGAGAAGCAUCGGAGCUGGCGGCGCUGCCGGCACCCCGAGAUUCGGCCAAUAGGAAGCAUUUUCUGGAUUCUGCUGACGUGUUGGAUGUGACAAGAGUGGAGGCGAGUGUUCUUGUAACGAGGGGAGGACUAGGGGAACGCCGAGUUGCUUCAGCUGAGGCUGUAGGGGUAGAGUUUGGGAGAGGAGGAAGCGGCAGCGGAGGGAGCAGAGCAGUAGACGCACAGUUUGGAGCAGUAGACGCACAGUUCAGGGGACAAAGAAGCAGAAUUCCCUCUGCCUCUCCACCCUCUCCUUCACCAUCCUAUGCUGCUUCGUCUUAUGCAGCUCCAUCCCAAGCCGCUUCCUCCUAUGCUGCUGCAUCCCAAGCAUCUCCCUCUUAUGCUGCCGCUCCAUCCCAGGUUCCCCUACCCCCUUCACCUUCAUCAGCACUUGCUGCUUCCCCUGGUGCGGUAGACAGAGUUUUUUCGGGCAGGGCGGAUUCUUCGCGGGCAGAUGCUUCUUGGGCGGAUUUUUCCCGGGCGGAUUUUUCUCGGGCAGCUUUUUCUCGGGCGGAUUUUUCCCGGGCAGAUGCGUCCGAGCCAACGCGGUUCGCCGUGCCUCGGGAGCUGCCCGUGCCUGGGAGCGAGGCAGUGGCAGCAACAGGAAGGUUCCGGUCUCCAGAGGAGUUUAUGAGGAGGCAACUCACGGCCAUGGCUGAGGCUGUGGAGAACAGAGACAUGGCGCAGGUGCAGAAGGCAUAUCAAACCACUUGCAAGGCCCAAGGGGACGGCCAAGGAGAGAUUGAUUCACUAUAUGGUGGAUGGUGGAUGAUGGAUGGUGGAGGGGUUGUUCAAGCGAGUGCAAGGGAACGGGAUACCAGCACUUCAUCUCCUACCCCCCCAAUUCUCCCCCCCCACCCCCCCUCCCCCCCCAUUCUCCCCCCGACCUCCCCCCCCAUUCUCCCCCCGACCUCCCCCGUCCCCUCCCCUUCCGCACCUCCUCAGGCACAACUGCAGCAGGCAUACUUGCAACUCAAACCUCUUGCGCGGCCCAAGGGGACGGCGAUGGAGAGAUUGAUUCACUAUAUGGUCGAGGGGAGGGAGGAAUGGGAGGGGCUGUUCAAGCGCACAACUGCAGCAGGCAUACUUGCAACUCAAACCUCUUGCGCGGCCCAAGGGGACGGCCAUGGAGAGAUUGAUUCGCUAUAUGGUCGAGGGGCACAAGUGCAGCAGGCAUACUUGCAGCUGAAGCCUCUCGCGCGGCCCAAGGGGACGGCGAUGGAGAGAUUGAUUCACUAUAUGGUCGAGGGGUUGUUCAAGAGACUGCAAGGGAACGGGUACCAGCACUUCAACACUCCCGUUCGGAAAACUCCCAAGUGGAUCCACGACUUAAAGCCGGCGCUCUUCACCUUCGUUGAGAUGGAUCUAGAUUCCAAUGCCCGCCCCUUCCUCUCCCGCUUCCAACACGUUCUCGACCACCACCUCUCCGUCUUCUGCUCCCACGACGCACUUAUCGGCGCCGCUUGGAUCCACGACUUAAAGCCCGCGCUCUUCACCUUCGUUGAGAUGGAUCUCGACACCAAUGCCCGCCCCUUCCUCUCCCGCUUCCAACACGUUCUCGGCCACCACCUCUCCGUCUUCUGCUCCCACGACGCACUUAUCGGCGCCGCUUGGAUCCACGACUUAAAGCCCGCGCUCUUCACCUUCGUUGAGAUGGAUCUCGACACCAAUGCCCGCCCCUUCCUCUCCCGCUUCCAACACGUUCUCGGCCACCACCUCUCCGUCUUCUGCUCCCACGACGCACUUAUCGGCGCCGCUUGGAUCCAUGACUUAAAGCCCACGCUCUUCACGUUUGUGGAGAUGGAUCUAGAUUCCAACGCCCGCCCCUUCCUCUCCCGCUUCCAACACGUUCUCCACCACCACCUCUCCGUCUUCUGCUCCCACGACGCACUUAUCGGCGCUGCCGACAAACGCCUGCUCUCCAUUUUCGAGGAGCUUUAUUUCGGCCGGGCGAUUGUGAAUAUUGUGUCGUGUGAAGGGGUGGAGAGGGUUCACCGGCCGGAGACACUUGACCAAUGGCGGGGGAGGAUGCUCAGGCUCGGGGAGAACGAGCCUGCAGCGGAGGUUCGGUUCCGAAGCUACUUGCCUCGGGACGACCAGCUGAUGGAGAGGAAGCUUCCUCCAGCGCAGCUCCCCAAGUUUCAGGAACCUACCGCCGCCCAGCCACUAUUCUUAGACCCCAACGAGGACCCAGUAACAGCCAUCGCUCCCCGCAAGCCCAACUGGGACUUACGGCGGGACGUGGCGAAGCGGCUAGCCAAGCUGGAGAGACGGACGCAGCGAGCCAUGAUCGAACUCAUGAGGGAAGAAGAGGAGAGGCGGCAGCAGCAAGAGUCGGGCAUAGAAGGGUCCUAA